AUAUGAUUACACACACUGACCACAAACUUGUUUUCAACUAGCUUUAAAAAGAAGACGUGACUACUGACUACUGACUACUUAAACACAACUACACAUGAACAAGGAACUAAAUAAUUUAAUGCUUAAUGUUUAAAGAGCAGAAAUGUCUGAAGAUAUUUAUAACAAUGUCAUUGGGACUGAGUUUGAGGGAAAGAACAAAGAUAGAGUGGAGAUGACCGUGGAUAUCUAUGAGAGUGUAGAUUGUGUGAGAGAUUGUGACUUCAAGAAAGAAACGAACACAACCCAACCACUUCAGCACACAGGAAGUGAUUCAGUGAAAACCAGAAUCUCCAGAGCAGCUGUAGUGUGUUUGGUGCUUCUGUGUGUUCUUCUGCUGACUGCAGUCAUAGUGCUGUGUGUCCACAUCCAUACAAAGAACACAAACUACACAGAAAAGAUACACCAGCUACUGACCAACAACACCAACCUCACAGAAGAAAGAGACCAGCUUAUAAUAAAGAACAGAAAUGUGUUGAAUCAACUUUCAAUUCCUGAUGGAUGGAUUUACUAUCAAUCCAGUUUUUACUACAUGUCCAAUGAGACAAGGAACUGGACUAAGAGCAGACAAGACUGUCAGAAGAGAGGAGCAGAUCUGAUCAUCAUAAACACCAGCGUGGAAAAUGAUUUUGUAAAGAAGAUUACUGAUAAAAGAGAAUUCUGGAUUGGUCUGACUGACAGUGAAGUGGAGGACACAUGGAAAUGGGUUGAUGGCAGCACACUGAAAGACAGGACCUCUGGCUUCUGGGCGUCAGGAGAGCCAAAUGGAAAAGAACAAGAGAACUGUGUUGUGACUUAUUUAACAAAGGAUCCUCAAUUAAAAGGGUGGCUUGAUGUUACAUGUAAUGCUGCUCAUCAGUGGAUCUGUGAGAAGAAUAUUUUACCUCUCAUAAAGCAAUAGGAACAUCAUAUUCAUUAUUAUU